AUGUCGCAUAUUGUGUACGAUACAAAGUCGACUUGCAGAUAUUUUGUAAGGCAUGAAAAACCGGAAGUGAAUCACUCGUCGCCGAGAGACAUUCGUCUCCACCUUUUGACGUCUUUGUACCUGCGGCUUUCCACUGCAGAGUAUCCCGCUGCACAGUCGAGUUUGACUUCACGAGAACGUGGCCCCAGCAACUCUCGUCCUGGUGAAGAAAGUCUUGAGAGAACACAUGAAAAAGCUCUCGACAUUGAGGAUGUUGUUGAGUCCUGGCGUUCUUAG